AUGGCGGCUACGUCCCAUCACAGUUUCGCCGACAGGGUUGGCAGUGCACCUAGCAGCACGUCUUGCGGGCCUGCCCGGGAGCUCGAACACAGGCGCUCGGAGCUGACGGCCGACAGCGUCGUGGUCUUCGGCAACGGUGCCUUUCAGCGGCUGCUGCUGGCUUUCGCGCAGGUCGCCAUCUUCGUGUCGAAAGCGCAGACUUCGGUCCAGAUGCUGACUGCGAAGUCCUUCCGCUACUGGUGCCGGGCCCCGUCCGAGUACUCGUACAUGUCCACGGCAAAGUGGUUCCACUCCGGCAUCCCGCAGCGUCCCGACGGCAGCUACAGUCACUGCACGCGCUACGAGCGGCCCCGAGUCCUGGGAUCCGAACCCAGCUUCAGCGAGGUGCCCUGCCAACACUGGUACUACAACUUGACCGCCGAUGGCUACACGGCCGUCGAAGAGUGGGACUUGGUCUGCGACCGUGUCUGGCUGCUGGAGAUCGCCAAUGCUGUCUUCAUGUGCGGCAGCGUCGUAUGUGUGCCCAUCAUGGGACUCGCUUCGGACCGGUAUGGUCGGCGACCUGUGCUGUACGCUUCGGUCGCCGUGCUGUACGGCUCCAGCGUGUUUCAGUGCUUCACCACUUCACUAAGCACUUACGUCGGGCUCGGCUUUUUACUCUUGGCUUCUUGCAGUGUCCUGGAGCUCACCACUAGCAUCCUGCUGUUUGAGUCGACCCCUAUCGUUACGCGCGAAGAGUUUGUCGCGCUCGCGGUUUGCGUUCCGACGGCGCUGGCACCGGUGUACCGUUCCGCUGUGGGUUUGUUCGCGGACCAGUGGAGGACCAUGCACUUGGCUGUUGCAGCUCCGUCGCUACUGCUCAUCAUCGUCGUGUACCUGACCGGCGAGUCCCUGGACUGGCUAAUCGCCUGCGGUAAGUUCGAAGAGGCCGAGCGGGCCGCACUGUGGGCCGCCGAACUCAACCACGAGGAACCCGAUCAUGUUAAGGAACGGCUGGCCGCAUUCACGUCGGGAGGGCCCCUGGGGAGCGGACGUCUACUCAGACCCGGAAGGCCUGGCUUCCAUGCCCUCUUCAGCGGGCCCAGGCGCUACGUCUUCUUCGCCACCUUCGCGUGCUGGUUCACCUCCUACAUUGGUCGCUUCAGCCUACCUUUCGAUCAGGUCGGCGUGCAGAUCGGCGAGUUCAAAUGGACUGGCUUCGUCCUCAACCUGCUUGGAAUGACGUCGUCGUAUUUCAUCACCAAGGGUUGCGGAUACUUCGGCCCGCUCGUCGUGUCGUCGCUGCUGUGCGCGUCUGCCGUGGCUGCGCAGCUGAUUCUGAGCGUCUACCAUAUGCUGGUGCUGUCGGUGUGGGCGUUAACGGUGUCGUUCGUGUUCUUCAACAUGACCUACGUCUUCCUCUGCAUCCACACCGUGGAGAUAUUUCCGACUCGGAUGAGAAGCAUGGGCUUUGCCUUCUCCUACAUGUGCGGCUCCCUGGGCGCCGUGACGGCAGCACUGGUACAGCACAUGGAAAGGAUGCUGCCGCACAGCUUAAAGCUACUCCCGAGGGGGCUGUCAUCGCUGGCCAUCGCUUGCUGCUACUUGGGACUCUUCCUUGUACCAACAAAUGUGAAAGAAGAGUCCACCGAUGGUCUCAAGGAAGCGGCGCUAGGGCGAAAGCGAUCCAGCUCUCACAUUUCGCUUUCCGAUGACACUGAGCGACGGAGGGCGGCGAUGCGCUUCGGCGACGAUUUCGCGGCUCCGAAAGGUUCCGAGCGCGAUGCCGGAGUGCCACGCGUUUAG